AUGGUGAUACGUAAAGAACCAAUAACUAUUUUCCCUUCUUCCAAGUUUGUUGUGUCAAGACUUGAUAAACAUGGAGGUAUGCUUGUUGCAAUUAAAGUUCUUGACCUUCAGAAAAUUGGGAGUUCCAAAAGCUUCAAGGCUGAGUGCAAAGCAUUAAGAAACAUCCGCCAUAGAAAUCUAGUAUCUGUCUUAAGUUAUUGCUCCAGCAUCGAUUCCAAGGGCCACGAAUUCAAGGCUCUCAUCUAUGAGUUUAUGGAAAAUGGAGAUCUUGACUUGUGGCAGCAUCCAGAGAAAGCUGAUCAAACAACAAGACUAAGGAGUCUUGAUCUUUCUCAGAGGCUAAAUAUUGCAACUGAUGUUGCUUCAGCAUUGCACUAUCUUCACAACCAAAGUGAAACAACUGUUGUUCAUUGUGAUCUAAAACCAAGUAACAUUCUUGUUGACAAUGAUCUUGUUGCUCAUGUGGGCGAUUUCGGAUUAGCAAGGCUUCUUCCAAGAACUGCUAUUACUUUUGUGGAGGAAGGAACUAGCAGUUUUGUUUUAUUAAAAGGAUCUAUCGGAUAUGCUGCUCCAGAAUGUCAACAACCAAAGACGAGUACAGAACGGGUCUCGCAGCAUCGACUCAGGGUGAUGUCUAUAGCUAUGGCCCGCUAUGGGAUACUAUUACUGGAGAUGAUUACAGAGCGGAGGCCAACAGAUGAUAUGUUUACUGAUGGCUUGGAUUUGUACAAUUAUGUCAAUAUGGCUAUGCCUGAACAACUUUCCAAGAUUGUGGAUCCAGUGCUUAUUGCAACAGGAGAAGAAAACAGAGAAAUGGCUGUAGGAGAGGAAGUAAAUAAUGGUGGAAGACAGAUGGAAUGCCUUGUCUCACUGUUGAAAAUUGGACUAAAGUGCUCUGCAAGAUUACCAAAUGACCGGAUGCACAUGAAUGAAGUCGUGAGAAAAUUACAACUCGUUAAAGAUAUCCUUCUUGGUGUCAAGAUUUUUUAA